AUGGAAGAAGACAACUACAACGUCGAGAUCAAGGACAACAAAGAGACGCUCUUGCCCUUCAUCUAUGGCAGGGAAAUGUCGUCCAUUUGCAAGCGCAUGGCGUUGCUAUUUGCCCUUGCUAGCCCAAGCAUUUUCAAGCUGUACAACAAGGUUCGCCUCUCCCUGCUCAACGUUGCCCCUCAUCGUCUUGUUGCUGGCACUAGCAGACGUAUGGCAGAAGAGAUGAAUCAUCGACGUGCUGCGCUGGUAGCACCUUUUUCAUCCCUUGCCGUCAACAUGCCUUCCAAUCGCACGGCACUUGGCAUGCAUUGCGACAAAAAGGAUGCCAAGUUUGGCAUGUGUAUGGUGAUGCCAGUUGGCGCAUUUGACGGAGCCCCCCUGAAGUUGCCUGAUGUUGGCAUCACCUUUCACAACAAGCCUCUGGAUCUCUCCCUCUUUCCUUCUGCCUUGCUGCGGCAUGGGAACGGCACUCUGACAGCUGGCGUGCGCAUGUCAAUUGUGUGCUUUACCCAAGGCGCCAUCCUCAAGAAAUACUCGCGCACGCCAACUGUGCAAGACUUUCCUCGAUGGCAUCCCAUCAACGUCGUAGACUGA